GGGGAAGACUUAGGGUUUCUCGUAAUCUCUCUUCCGAUCUUUUCCCAUGGCGGCUUCUGAUGUUGAGUUCCGCUGUUUCGUCGGCGGUCUUGCCUGGGCCACCGACGACCGCACCCUCGAGCAGGCCUUCAGCCCCUACGGCGAGAUCAUCGAGUCAAAGAUCAUCAACGACAGGGAGACGGGGAGGUCGAGGGGGUUCGGGUUCGUUACCUUCCGUGACGAGCAGUCGAUGAGGGACGCCAUCGAGGGGAUGAACGGCCAGAACCUUGACGGGAGGAACAUCACCGUCAACGAAGCCCAGAAUCGCCGAGGCGGCGGCGGCGGAGGAGGAGGAGGCUUUCGUAGCGGCGGAGGCGGUGGCUACGGCGGUGGUGGUGGUGGCUACGGUGGUGGUGGUGGGUACGGCAUGGGCGGUCGCCGCGAGGGAGGCGGGUACAGCCGCGGUGGAGGCGGAGGUGGCUACGGGCGUGAUCGCGGGUACGGCGACGGCGGGUCCCGCUUCCAUAGAGGAGGAGGCGGCGGCGGCGGCGGCGGCGGCGGCUUCUCCGAAGAGAACUGGAGGAACUGAGGCGUUCGUCGCCGUAGUUGGUCGUUUGGUCGCCGCAGUUAUCUUUUGGUCUCAGCAGUUGUCUUGGUUGUGGGAAGACUAGUUGUCCUGCUUGUUUUCUUACAGCUUGCGAGUUUUGAUCUUAUGUGGUUUGGUGUUGGCAGUUUAAGUUCAAAUUUCAUAUUCAUUUCUAUAAAAUAAUUUGAUUAGUUUGCUCUUAGAAA